ACAUGGCGAAAGCGAAGAGAGGAGAUAUUUUCAGUGGAAAAAAAGUGGAAUUGUAUCCCGUGAGGUGAUCGAGAUAUUACUUACGAGGUAAUAAUGAGCUUUUUCUUUAUCGUUCGGCAAUUUUAAGGUAGAUCUGCUAUAAGAAGUGUUCUAAUUGCCAGAUCAGUUUGAUGAGUACAGAAUGACUUUUGCCAGUUUGAACACCUCUGUUUAAUUUUCCUGGUGUCCGUUCUUCCUUUCAAAAACACACACUUAUUUACUUGAAAUAACAACUUUUAUUCCACAUUUAAGAAAAAUAUAUGUAGGAAGUUAAGUUAAAGUUUAAGCUUUAAGCUUUAAGCUUUAAAUACAGUAAGUCUUGUAUACCAGUCUUACGUUUUUCAGCAUGAUUCAGGUGAUUGCAUGUUUCCCUGUAGGGUCAAUUUAAUUUGGCGAAUGAGAUUAUGAGGCAGAAAGUUUAAGACCCCAAGAAGAACAAAAACAAAGGCUUCCAAAAUUUGAGACAGGAUCAAAUUUUCCAAGACCCAAAUUUUCCAGGAAUCAUGCUACCACUUUUUCAGUGCAGCCUACAGGCACAGGCAACAAAUUUAUGAAGAACUAAGCCAUAGACCUGCACUAAAAAUGUGAUACAAUAUGUUACCAAAUGUGUUUUGUAAUUUUGUGUUAAACCCAAACAUAUGAAUGUAAUACAUACACAGUGUUUUCACUAAGAUUUCAAGUAGCCAGCUAAAUACAACUAGUAGGUGGGGAAUCAAACAGCUAGGGAUUUCUUUUGGUUCUAUUUUUCUUCUAUUUUCCUAUAAAAGUAGCCAGGGUCACAUUCAUAGUAGCCGGGGAAAAUCUCCAGUCCCUGCCUCUUAAUGACAGCUCUGCAUACAUUUACCUCCUACUUUGAUGCUUGCAAACUCUACUCUCUCCUUGGUUGUAAAUUUCUAAACACAUGUGGAAAGGUUUUUUCCGUUAUUAGAUUUCCUUCAUAGCAUGUGAAUGACCAAAACUACAUUUUGUCCCUGUGUAGAACCAUGAUCCUUGUUUCAUUGCAAAUGUUGCAAUUAAAAUUAUUGUAAGAUUUGCAAUAAUUGCAAAUAUUAAACAAAAACAGAGUGGUUAAUCAGUUAUUUAAUAUGUGCAUGGCAAAAGGCCAAAGUGACUUUCCCUCAAUUGACUAUUUAUUUUAUCAUAGUCAGCAUUCAAGACAUUUGACUCUUCUCAAUAUUAUUGUCACUUUCAGUAACAAAAUCAAAGAAGUAGUCCCAAAUUUCCAAAAUGGCUUCACUGGCUAGUCAGCUACCACCCAUCAAAGUAGGUGGCCAGGUCACACAGCAUGUUAUCAGGCAUGUGCCGUCUCCACCUGCUAAAGGUACAUCAAUAGGAAGUCCUUUUCAGCGCAGUAGUAGAGGAAUACAAAGACCUGAGGGCUCAUUUAUCAGGAGUCCUCCUUCUGAUCUAAAGAAGCCAACUAGUACUGAAAAGAUAGACACUUCAAGGUAUGAUUAUGUAAAUUAUUAAUAAUACUUUUUUAUUUAUGAGGUAGACAAAUCAAGGUAUAUAUUAAUAAUUACAUAAUUCUUGUUCUAAUGAUGUAUAAUUCUAGUUACCUUUAUGGCGUGAGGGUAAAUUAAUUGAUUUAUUACAGAUGUGUUACAAAUUAGUUCAACUUAGAAAAUCAUUGUUUUAUGUGCAUCUUGUUCAUUGAGACAAUACAGCAACUCUCUCAUAAGUGACCACCUUUGGUAUGCCACAAAGUGGUUGCUUAGGUGGUCGCUUACAGUACAAGAAGUGGUCACUAUGAGAGAGUGGACUGUAUAUACAAUGUAUGACAGAGAUGCUAACCUCUACAGUGGUCUAAUGUCUUGCAUGCAACCAUUUUUGCUUUGGGUAUCCUCUAAAAAAACCAAGCUUUUUAUCAUUGGUAUUAUUGGUCUUGUCCUAACGAUAAUUAUAACACUAGGGUUGAAUAAACUGGCAUUGCUUGAUUAUAUUCGUUUGAAAAUCCUAAUUUUUUCCUUUGUAUCAUCUUGGUUUAACAGGUACCGCAACACAUAUGAACACAACCUGUGCCUCGACAUGUUGAAAGAAGGAUUCCAUCAGUCCUUCCGCGAGCUUUUUAAUCUGAUGGAGAAGCAGAAGGCAGACAUUGCCAGGUUAGGGAAAGAUUCUGGACUAUCUGAUCAACCAUUGUUGGAAAAUGAACCAGCAAAACUUGACCAACUGAAGCAUCAUCUUACAACAGCUGAGGCUGCAAAGCGAAGAGGUGAGAAAAUCAACGCCAUACUCUCUAUCUGAUAUCCCACAAACCACUGCCUGGUUAGCUCAGUUGGAUUAGGCUGAUCUGCCGUCACAGGCCAUUGCAGGCUCAAACCCAACACUCGGGGUCUUGAAAGAAAGGAGUAGAAUGUGUUGCCUUUGUUCUGGCAUCUGUUUCUACAUGUACAGUGUAUGUAUGUGUAUUGCAGUAGCAGAUCCGCAUCAGUUUUCAAGCUGCCUUAUAUAUUACCUGUUUAUCAAAUAAAAUGGUACAGGGUAAACCCAGGGGGGUACUUUAGGAAUUUCUGGGUGGGGAUGUGCUGCUGGGACCCUGGAACCCUUAACCUAUACCAGGGCUAGUUCAGCUAAAUUUUGCUACCCCAUACUAGAGUAAACUCCCCAAAUCCCCCCUAUCCUAGAGCAGCUUUUUCCCUAGUCUAGAUAACAUCUUCAACCAACUGAUCAGUUUCCUGAAAAAUGAUACCCAAUUCUAGACCCAAAUGCUCUGAUUUAUAUACCCUAUCCUAGAGUAAACUGCUUGAAAACCAUACCCUUCAUAGCGACACAUACCUAUAUAGCCCAUAUAUGGCAGUGCCCCCCCCCCCUCCCUCUUGGAGGGUAAAUUAGUAUCGAACCUAGAGUGAUUAAAUAUUUCCUUAGUCUCCUAGCCCUAAUUAAUCAUUGGAAUGAAGCAAAUAAUAUUAGAAUAAUAAAUUACAUAUAUUCUGGUUUAACUUAAAAACGGCUUUUACCUGAAACACAUACACCUCAUUUGAGUUAUCACUCCUUAAAGCAUGUCCUUCGUGCUUACACAAGGUCAGCUUUUGUACAGUGCAUGAUUAGUAAUAAAGAUCAUCGUUUAUGUAAAUCUGAUUAUAUGAAAUUAAUAUAUUUACAUGUAAACAGGAAAGAUGGACCAAGUCUACCACAGCUUAUUGGCGUUGGCAAGAUUCUUUGAAGAAACUGGGGACUUUUGGCUGUCUGAUCAUUUCUACAGCUCUUGUUUGAAGACAAGCCUGAAAAUUAGAGGAGAUGGAAGAAGAAAAGAAUCAGAGGCCAACUGUAACAUGGGUUUAGCUUCUGAAAAGAGAGGUAAGCAAAAUUAUUUACUAAUGAGUGUUAUAAUUAUUUCAAAGUACAUGUAAGAGAGUUCUUUUGAGCAAAAACUACCUGUACAUUGAAAUGGCAUACAGCACAUGGGUAAAUUAAAUUUUUUGUUGAGAUCACAUUUUGCUCUAAGUUUUUGCACGGGAUUUAGUGAGUUGAACCCACUUUGUGGACAACUGCUUUAAAUAAGGGUACUUGUCAUUACACACAGCUUUUUGUUUCUCACAAAAACCUAAUAUUUUCUCCAAAUUCAACCACCAAGAUCCUGGUGGACGUUUGAUUACUAUAGAAAAUAGAAUUCCAGUUUCCAAAAUGUGUGUGCAGAUUUUACUUUUUUUCUUUUGUAUUACCCACCAACAUCAGUGUUGGGGGCAUGGGGGAGGGUGGGGGGUGGCUUUUGUUUACUAAUGGGAAAAAGGGUGCAAAUUAUUCCUGGAGGUUUUUUACUUACAGUAUUUAGGGAAGUGGAAUAAUGUGAGAUUGGUGUUUUCUUCGUACAUUUCUUCAUCAUGAAUUUGCCAAAUUUCUUUUGCUGCAAUACAAUAAUGCAAUUCAAUAUUUCUAUUUUUAGGUGAUCUCUUUAAGGCUGUUGAGUAUUUAGAGUCAUUUUAUAACCUGACAAAAGGGCGUCUGUGGCAGACAGACAGUGGGGAAAACCUGCAUUCACUUUCCUGUGAACACCUCAGAAGAGUCUAUACAACUAUCUCAGAUGAGGUAAACUUCAAGUUGCUGUUGUUUCAUUCUGAGUACAAAAGAACAAGAAGAACAAAGAUGUAGCAAUGACAUGUUUAAGUACAUAUUAUUCAACAAACUUUUAUUGAUCUAAAAAUGUUUACUGCACAAACCCUGGGGGGUAGUCAACAAAGUUUUAUACCUGGAGGCUCCGUCCCGAGGUCCAACCCCUUACCAGAAAAGGUACCACUUUCAUAUAUACUUUUUAUUGACAAAUGGUAUCCCUUUCACACAUCUAGUUUGGACACUUGCAUCCCUUUUAAAACUUUAAAUGCACUGUCUCCUGUCUCUUUGUAAUGGGACCCCCUCCCCCUGGGCACAAACUUGCAUUGUAGGUUGUCUAGCUAGGCAUUUCUAAUGUACUUCAUAGAUUUCUCAUGGACUUGUAAAGGUUGUGCUUGAAGUUAUGGCACAUCUCCCAAAACCAGAGCUUUUUAAGGCACAAAUGUAGCUGUGUAAAAACAAGGAUCUGUUUUGCGGCAAGAUUGCACAGUGUUCUAUUCCUUUCUGCCUUCUCCUUUAAGAUUUUUGCAACAGCCAUCUCCCUCUUCCAAAUAAUGACGUGCCACAGACAUUGAAUUGCACUAAGUUACCCUACAUUUUAAAAGCGGUACUUGUCGGAGAAAAGUAUCAUGAUUAUUGAGAGUCAUCAUUUUUGAUUGAAGAUUAAAGAGGAAGAUUUGAUGAAGUCCAUAGAGUAUUUAUUGAAAGCAUAUGGAAUGGCUAAAGAAAGUAAGUGUUAACUGUAUAACAUUCUUAGAAGUAUGGAAACUUGCUGAUUUCAUGCUCAUUCCACUGGGAGAUUUUCCUUGUCUCAUUUCUGAGGAAGUGCUCUAUACACAUGUGUGUUUUACCUAGUUUCAUUGUCUCAUGGUUGUAAUCUGGGAAUGACUGGUCAGUGUUAGCUGAAAUGAAAGAGGUCUCAAAAAACCCAGAACUCUCCCAUGUUUAAAAAGAAAACAAUAUUGUCACAAACCAACUAGAGGAUUGCUACAAAGUUUGAUGAGGUUUCUUUAUGUUAAAUUAUUGAGAUGUCUCAUUGCUUUAUGAAAAUAGCUUAUCAAUAAAGUUAUGACCAACUAAAAAUGUCAAAAUUUAAAAUAGGACGGUUACACUUCCAGUCCUUUGAAUUCUCUCCAAUUCAUUAAUUCAUUAAUUCAGGCAGCUUCUGCCAAGCUAGUCACCUAGCCACUCAGGAUGAGAGUUCGCUGCAGACUGCAAUAAUAAAGUUUUAAUUGUGGUUAUUCUCAGUUAAUCCAAUUUAAUUAAGCAUAAAAUAAUAAUUUGCUAAUAAUUUACUUGUCACAAUCCAGGUGGGGAUGAUCAACAGGAGGGUUUAGCUGGCUACAGACUGGGCAAUGCAUAUGAAGAAAUUGGUGAUGCUGAAACUGCCAUUCUGGUAAGAAUUCUGGAGCAAUUUUUGCACUUCCUAAAAUCUAAUUUAAUCAAAUUUUUUACACACGGUGAGGGCUAAACUUUCAACAGAAAGCCCUAACAAGCAAAGUUCACUGAAGCUGUUCAAGCAUCUAUCCAUUUUAUAACUUUGAACACUUAGGUGGCUGGCCAGCCAUACAGAGGAAUCUUUCUUAGUUCUUUCUGAUACAUCCUAGCAACAGACAGACUAGAGAUGGUGUCUUAAAAUAACCUUUGAAAGUCUAGUGAGUCUAGUGGAUAGUGAUGCCUGUAACUUUCAAUAUAUUAAUUUAUAAGUUUGUUAUGCUUUUGUUUGAUUUUAAACUUCUAGUAUCAUAAUGGCUACUUGGAGAAAUGCCAGCAAACAUCAGAUGAUGUUGGAAUGGGGCGAGCUUGUCAAGCCCUUGCAAGGGCAUAUGAAAUGUAAGUUAAUUUCAAAUUUAAAUAGAACUUAUGUUAGCUGUUUCAAGGUGUUUUAAUAUUGAGAGAGGGAUUGAAACUGUGCUGACUGAGGUGAUUACUGCAUUUUUUUUUCUUCCGUGAAAAAAAAUUAUCUGCACUCUAAUUUCAAUUUUGAAUCUAUUAUUAUACUAGUAUCUAAAAAGUUUGAACAAAAAGUAAAAAAUAAAAAGAAUAGGUGUCAAGUUUGUCGUAAAAUAUUAAAUCUGCUAUAAACCCGUUGGUUUCAAAAGUUUAUUUCUCAAAUAAUGAAGAAUUUCCCAAAAUAAAAAUUUCAUUUAAGGCUAUCAAGCAAGACCUGAGCUUUCAGGAAAUUGAUAUCUGAGAUGUCAAUUUUCACACCCAAGGUGUGAUUUCUGAUUUAUAUCGCAGGCUCAAAAAAUCAAGAAUUGCGUAUUUCUUGCUUUCCCUUGAUAAGUACAUGUAGGAAUAAAAAAUAAAUUGGAACUGAAUUAUACUUAGAUUGGUAAUUUACCUAUAAAUUCUUGGCAUUGUUAGUCAAUUUUUCCUUAAGAUGUUAAGGUAAAAUUUUUUUGUUAUGGCCUGUAACAAUUCCAAAAUGUUUCCUUAUUGCUGAGAAAUUAAGUGUUUUUUUUUGUCAACAUUAUGUGAAUAAAUGUGGCAAGUGUCAGAGCGCUAUUAGAAAUCCUAAUCUUUUUACAUUCGGUGUGGUCUAACACAGCUGCAAAAUCACCCUUGUCAGGUUGUUAAUGGCCUGCGUCCAUUGGACUUUGUUUGGGUGUACUGGGCAACCCUCUAGAUUCACCCUUAAUUUUUGUCAUGCUUUGCUGUUUUCUUUGUCCCUGUCUUGAAUUCUUAUGAGUAAACCGCUGUCCUUAAUGUUUGACUAACACUGACCCAAUUGUGGCACAGAAUGUGGCGAGAAAAGGCGAAAAUCUUCGUUUGAACUUGUUUUGUGAUGUGCUCUCAAUUUGGCAUCAUAAACAAAGUUUUAGCCUUAGCAACACAGCAAUUUGCAUGAUAGGCCAUUUAACUGUGACCUUAUGUCAUCGAUCAACCUUGCAAGGAUCAUAUAUACUGUACAAUGUGUCUUUAGAAGUUUAGCAAUCAUACUUUAUUUGGGGAAGCAGAAUGUAAGUGAAUUUUGCUGUAAUUUGCCCUUGAAACUCAUAAAGCGAUGUUGUGCGUCGGGUUGUGAAAAUUGCAACAGUUAUGACAACAACAGAAAGUAUCGCGUCGGAUUUCAGCCAUGUGAGAGUAUUUAUAAGCGACUUUAUAAGCAUGGUCAAAUUAUGACCUUGUAGCAGAUCUAAUACCUUAAGCUUCACGCAAAGGGGAGUGGUGUGCAAACGGAUGCAACAACUCCAAAUUCAAUGUUGGGACCUGCAGUACAUCAUAGGAAGGAUACAACCAGUAAGACUUUGUAAACCAUGUGUAAUGCACUUGCAUGGCCCCCAACAAUAGGGGAAGAGCUGCACAAAUGGAUUCAACGUUGUUGUGCUAUGUUUUUGCGAUCACGGAACAAAAAUGUUGGGAUUUAUUGGCUCAAAAGUUUGACCAAUUUGAAACUUUGUGCGACAGCUAAUGCUCGCGAUGACAUGCAACAACAUUCAAGAAGGUGUGUAAACAGACCCAACAUGUAACACCCAACAAUGUUGGAAGUUGUUGGCCAUCAGUAUUGGGUCUGUUUGCUCAGCCAGGCUUUUGUCACAUUUAGUGCAUACUAUUUACAGCAAGGAAAAGAUGUAGGACAUUCUGCAUAUUUUGAGUAUUGUGUUUCAGGCAAUGAUGCCCUUUUUCCAGUGUAUAUUAUUUUUGUUCUUAAAAUGUACAUUGUGGGAGCUUAUGAUUAAAAUGACAUUAAUAAUGAUAUUCAAAAAACAUUUAUGAGGGUCUGUACAAGCAGAAUUAUUGUUUGAUGUUUCUUGAUAGGCAAGGAGAUGUGGAAAGUGCAAUGAAGUAUCUUGAGAUGUUUGUCGAACUGGCUGACAGAUCUCAGCAGUUACCUGAACAACAAAAAGCUUGUACUUGUCUUGGUGCUAUUUACAAUUCACUGGUAAGGCAUUUUGACAUGUUUUAAUUAAAUGAUUUGCAAGAACUCAACACAUGAUCCUAAAAGAUGAAAUUAAACAAUACAUGAAUGGUCAGAAUAAGUUGUUAGGAUUCUUUCUUUUAGAAUAUUCAACACAAAACGGAGAAAUGUUAAUUCUGAUUGCUAAGUAAAAGAGGCUUUUUUAACUUUGGUGGUCCACCAUGCUUAAACUAAAGACAAGGCUGGCUUUUUUAGAAUAUUUCUGAACAGGUGAGCCUUACAUAAGUUGUGGAAGAUAGAGCCAGAGAUUACAAUGUAAUUUAUGAGCUUGGCUGGAAGAAAAACGACUCCAGUCGUCAACGGAUGAAAACACUGCGAGUUGCUAGCGCAUUACAUGAUAUAAAAUUGUUUUUGAGAUGGCUGAAAGGCAGCAAAGAUUCUUGUGCAUGCAAAGAUUAACUCAAAGUCAGUGUAAAGGACACAUUCAACAGUUGUGCAAGUAAUCUCAGCAUUAAAUAAAAUUUCUUUUUUGGGGAUUCCUUUGCAAAACAGAGAUAAGAUUUUGUGGCACUUCUUAUAAGGUCGGCUGAGGAUGUGCCAUUAGAAAAAAAUCUUUUGCUCACAAUUUUCUUGAACUACUGAAUAGAAAUGUACUUCACUGGUGACCCUGUGAAACGAGAGAAAGCUCAGAACACUUACCCCUCCCCUGACCCAAAAACCAACUUCUCUUUUAGUGCAAAAUGUUGGAUUAGGGGAGGGGUGGGAGGCUGGUUUCACAGAUUCUUAUGCUGAACACUUAAUAAUGUCUCCUCACUCUACAGGGUAAAUAUGAAGAUGCUGUUCGCAUGUACACAAGAGGCUUUGAGAUAGCACAAGACCUUGCAGCAGUAGAGACCACAGAAACCACGAGGGUAGAAUAUGGCAUUGCUUUGGCACAUACAAUUUUCACGGGCUACUCUCAGUGCUUGGAUCAAGUCGGCAAGAGCAACAUACAGAGAUUACUAGACUUUAAGAGCUCACGACUGGACACCUUCUCUGAAGAAGCAAUAGCUGAUGAUGAGGCUACUAAGGGGAGUCUGCCCAGUAGUGAUCUAGGCUCUGGAGAGCAUGAUGAGCCCCCAUUGGGGGAUGGAGAGGAAAAUUUGCCCACCGAUACAGCCCCUGGUGUGGAAACUAAGGAUGAAGUAACAAAUGGUGGAACUGAUUCCGGUGUGACAAGUGAGGGAGAAGAAGGGAAAAAAGGACAGACAGAAGCUCAGCAGGGAUAGUCUCUCUUUUACUGAGACAAUGAGUUUAUUCCCAGGAAUUACAUGGAAGCUUGAUGAUCAUGUGGCAGCAAAACUUAGUUUAAGACUGGCAACGUGGCAAAUAAGUGUGAAGUUAUCUCCUGGAUCCUUGCCAAAGGUUUCAUUCUUAAAAUUCACCAACUCAUUCUCAGCAGAAGAUCUUUUAAAGUAAAAACCAUUUUCUUUCAGUGUUCAGAUACGUUUGAAAGAAUUAAAGAGCUUGUUCUCAAAAUGCAUUUGUACGAAAACGCCACUAGAGAGAACCUCGUGGAUGCCAACAAGUUAAUGUGGAUGAGCUGUUGACGGAACCGAUUAACCAAUACAUUAUAGUGAGGUCUUACUGACAUUAUUGAUGCAUUCUUUUCCUCUCACAAUUUGCACCUUCUUCAAGUUGUUUCCACAUGCUUCUUUAUUUAUAUCGGUUGUAUUUCCAGGUGAAUUUCGCAUCAUUUUACUUGGCAAGGAUAAUGUAUAGAGUUGGACUGUUAGUUAUUUCAAGAAAAUGUACAUAAUUAUCAUUAUAG